AUGGGAAACCUGCUGGGCUGCGGGGGAAGCUGGAGCUGCUCCUCACCUUUCCAGCGAAAAAAGAAAACAGAGAACCAAAUAAGACAGCUGUAUAAGCAGCAGCAGCAGCAGCAAAGGCAGCAACAGCAGAAUGGCACAAAGGGCCCUGAAACACCAGAAAAUACCUAUGAGCGGGUGUUUGAGCAGCUUGAGCUUGGAGAGAGGAGUCAAAGCUUCAGGUCAGAGGAGAGCAACUUACACUACGCUGACAUCCAGGUGUACAGCCAGACCCAGUCACGCUCUGCCUGGGAGGUGAAGAACCUGCAGUUAGAAAAUGCUACAGAGUAUGCAACCCUUCGCUUCCCCCAGAUCACAGCCCGCUAUGACAGCAAAAAUGGGACUCUGGUGUGA